GUGACGAUCAAUGUCUGACUAUCCCUUUACAGCGGCACUUCCGCCGACCAACCAAUAAAAGGUUCCAGCAAUUCGGUUCUGGGCCUUGGUCUCUCCUGGGCAGAAUUCUCACCAUACCCCACGACCGCCAGCUUCCAACUCGACUUGCUCGAGUUUGAGGCCGUGAUACUCCUCAUCCAAAUGCGGCUAUGAUGGCUCCCAUCGAGAGCAACGGUCCUCUGAUAGCGGGUAUCACAUGGUUCCUCUGCUUUUUCUGUGGCGCUUUCCUGGCGUUACGAGUCUACGCAAAGUUAAGUAGGGGACAGAAGCUGUGGUGGGAUGACUAUAUCUUUCUUUUCUCGUGGACUUGUCUCUUUAUCGAAUCGAUCAUCACUCAAAUGGGCGUCAACUUGGGUUUCGGCCGUCACUAUUACGACAUCACUCCCCAGACCAAUCUCCUGACGAUCGCCAUGUAUACUUCAGUAGGCGCAUCAAUAUCGUGCUUUGCUUCGACUGGUAGCAAAGUUGGGUUUGGUGUAACCCUCCUUCGGCUCACGACGGGCUGGUUCAGGAUAUUUGUUUGGUUCGCCGUCGUGACCUUGACGGUGGUUAUGCUUCCCAGCGCGACCUUGACAUGGCUGAAGUGCACCCCGGUGCAGAAGAACUUCAACAGACAGAUGCCAGGGACCUGCUGGGAUGAAUCUGUGACGCUCAACUAUGGCAUCUUCAAUGCGGCCUGGUGCGCUUUCAUGGACUUUGUAUUGGCGAUAAUCCCAUGGAAGCUCAUCUGGGGGAUGCGAUUGAGGAAACAUGAAAAGCUAGGCGUUUGCUUUGCGAUGAGCCUAGGCUGGUUGGCAGGCGUAUGCGCCAUUAUCAAGGGCAUAUAUCUCGUCCAACUAGAGCAAGGCGAUUUCUUUUUCAACGGGAAAGACGUAACUAUCUGGACGGCGGUGGAAACAGCCACGGCAAUCAUUGGAUCAUCUAUCCCAGUCUUGCGAGUUUUCAUCAAGGAAAAAGCAUCUACCCUUGGCUACGACAACAAGGUCAACCAGGACCAUAGCAACGAAAAUUCGAACAACAUGGAACUCAACACGUACCGGAGUAUGGUUACCUCUAGAACGGGGAAAAGUACCCUAUCGACGACGGAGGAGACCGAGUUGUAUGGCGCCCGGAAUCUCCCACGGAGCGGAAGCUGUCUUCUGGUGGACAUACCAGACUUCAAGCUUGAGGGAAUUGUGCGAGCUCGGAGCGUGGAUGAAGAAAGUCAAGGCGGGUCAGACGAUGAUAAGAUUUAUAAUCAUGAUGAUCGGAUUGACCUCAAUGUCCAUAGCCAGGAACAAAUAAGGUAUGUUGGCCCCAUAUGA